AUGACGAAUCCAGCCAUAUCAUCGGCAAUCCUCGAGAGCGUCUCGGUUGGCGGUGUUGGGUCUGAUGCACAACAUCUUGCGCCACAUGUGGCGGCCGUGCCAUCUCCCUCACUCGAUGCCGUCUCCAUCAAGGUGGGCGAUUUAUUUCCAGACAUGAAAUCGUUUCGUGCAAGGCUUGGGCUUUAUGGCAUUACACACAAGUGUCCUUAUCGUGCGCGACGCAGCGAUAACAGCCGGUUUGUUGGCAUUUGUCCAGCCGUUAUGAACGACCUGAAAAAGGAAUGGGGUAAAGGAAAGAACAAGGCGCCACACCACGAGCCGGCAGCCCUGAAUGAGCAUGCCAUACCAUGCCCCUUCCAUGUCAUUGCGCGUCGACGCAAAGAAGGUGGCGUCUGUGUAACGCGCGCAAUCCUGAUGCAUUCUCCAGACUGCACUGCGCCCGUGUCGUUCUCGACGUCCGCCACGUCUGCCUACAUGUCGCAACUGAUGGAGGAGAGUGCAUCUACUAUUGCCCCACGAGAGAUUGGCAAAUUCGUACAUGAGGCCACUGGCACGAAGCUCUCGUACUCAACGCUAUGGCGCACGUCGCAUAUGCUUCAAAGCAAAGAGCGUGAGCGGCUCGAUGCUUCUUUUAAGAAGAUUGUUCCCUUUCUCAAUGCAUUCCGCGAAGCGAACGCCAACACUACGGCCGUUGUGGAGCAGCAUGCGAACGGUAGGUUCUAUCGCGCGUUCUUGUGUCCAGGUGCACUGGGACAUGCGUUGGCUGAUUGUCCCUUUGCUUUGCAUGUGGAAUCCAUGCCAAUUACCUCGUGCUACGAAGGAUUCGUGUUGGCCGCAUACGUGAAAGAUGGCCUGGGUGCUCCUUUGCCCCUAGCUAUUGCCAUCACACCUCGCGCCGACGAAGACAACUGGCGCUUUCUUUUCCAUCAACUUUUGUCCGCGUUGCCAAUCGUCGGUUGUUCUGGCAUCGCGAUCUCACACGACAAGGAUCUCGCUAUUCACGAGGCGCAGUUGAGUGUGCUUCCAGCGUCUCAAAGCGUUCUACAAUUCACUCAUUUCGACUGGACUGCGUCAGGCACACUGCAGGAAUAUUACAACCAAAUGUCAAACCUUUGCGCGAGCAGCUAUUUCUCGAUCAUUGUCGGUUGGGUCACUCAAGUCGCUGUGCUUAUGUAUGCACGCUAUGUGGAACUUGAGUCUGAGAGAAGCGUGUUUCCAGGUGAACUUUUGGGCCGUGGUAAUGUGCACUUCGAUGGAUGGGACGUCGCUUCGUUUGGACCUUCAGACUAUCUUGUCGUAAAUCCUCACGAAAAGCAGCAGGUGAACCUGGCCAUACGUACUUGCACAUGUGGCCAGUGGGCUGACCAUGCCUUUCCUUGCAUCCACGCAAUUCGAUGUUUGCCGCUCGAGCGCUUAGUGAGUCUGGGUCAGUUUAUUCACCCGUCCUACUUCACCGAAAGUGUGAGGCGGUGCUAUUCUCGCCGCAUGACGCUAAUCAAUACCAGCACACUCGUGGGGCAAGGUGAAACCCUCCCUAAUACUGCUGCUUUCAUGAGCGAGCACAACACAACCGCUGGCAGCGUAACGAUGCCUACUGAACUGCCACUACUUCCGCCGUCAGGCACAGAACCGGUGAAACGUGGCCGAGGGCGCCCACGUGUUGUGCGGUCUAACAGUCACCGCGGUAGUGGACUCGGCGCCAUGUAUCAGUGCGGGCAUUGUAAUGGUAAGGGGCACAAUUCCCGCACGUGCCCAAUGAACCAGAAGCCAGAAGUUGCUGUGCCACCAACCACGGCACAAAUCACUGCCGUUGCGCUAGGUGGACCAUCAACGGAGUCGGCACCGAAUAUGUUUGCUGACGCCACUGUCCCAUUCACCAUUGACUCGUCGCUUUCUACCUCUCAAACUCCUGUAUGA